GUGGACUGCCCUGCGACGAACCUCCACUUUUGGUGUACGGAGUACCUGCUGUGCUGUGUAAUCUGCACGUUGCGAGAUACGGUAUUUACAUGUAUUGUAACGGCUCUUGUCGAGCUGUGCUUGUCGCGUUAUUCACACCCCCACUAAUUAUCUUAUCUGAACUCCCGUCUGCCGCGACUUCAAUCCCAAGCCAAGCAACCCACCGCGUCGACAAGGCGAAGCUCGGUUUUCGCUAACGCCAGUGUUGUCCUUCUCCCGCAGCGCAAGCCGCUGGCAUUCGAGGUUUUCAAGAAAUUUCGGCUGGCUGACUGAUUCCUGACGGCAUUUCGUCUUCUUCUAUGAACGCGCCCGCGGCAUUCUGAUUUUUGCGAGCGCCGACCGACCAUGGAGGUGCUGCUCGGCGCCGGCCAGUCGAACCCAUCGUGCGCGUCAAUCGCCGAUCUGCAGGCCCAACUGCGCGACCUCCUCGCCAGCAGGGUGACCGAAACGCGCGCCGAACACGUCUCGGUCACGUUUGAGAUCCGAGCGACCGCGGUCUUUGAUAUCCCGGUCUCCGACAAUGAGAAUGAGACGCUGGAGACUGCGGCCAAUAUCGAUCCGCUGCUGGGCGGAGAGCGGCCGAGCGCCGCUCCUGCCGUGAAUGGGAAUGGAGUGCAGGCGACGCGCAGAGUCAAUGCGAUUGACGCUCUGAUCAACCAGCCCGUGGACGACCCCGUGUUGCAGACUUCUAUCGCGAGGCAUAUCAUCGCGUGCCUCGGUCAGGUGGACGGGAGCAACUGGACGGUGCGCCAAGUCUCGAAAAGCGAGCAGAGCUGGACCUUUACCUACCUCUGCAAAGAUUCCUGGCAGGUGUGGAGUCGGCAGGUCUCGAAAAACCCUGCGAAGCUGGCCAUCGCCGAGUGGAGCGACAAGAGUGGCCAAGACCCGGUUCAUCUGGCUCGACCGGCCUUCGAUUGCCGAGGGUCCGUUAAGAUCGCCUUUGUCAAGUCAACCAAAACCAUCGACGUGAAAUACGAACACACGCCGAUGCACAAGACAGUGGCCCAGCUGAUUGAACUUCUUGCGCCAACGCCACCACCGCCAGCCCCCGUCGUAAAUACCCCAGCGAGAAAACCGAAGGAGCCAAAGACGCCGCGGCCGCCCAAGGAGCCCAAGCCACCGAAAGAGCCAAAGCCAAAGACUCCUAGAUUCUCAAAGAAGAGGGCACCCGAAGAUGGUAUGCCGGACGGGGAGGGCUCUCAGCCGAAGAGGAGACGUAAGAAGAAGGAGUCUGGCGCCCCAGCCGGCCCGGACGGCACUGUGCUCCCUCCGGAAAUGCCCGGCGCGCUGCCCGUGCGCGAUCCCUCAACGAGACCGAUGUACAAUACCGAAGCGGGAACUGCUGGGGAUGUGCAACCUGGAGGCUCGAGCAAUUAUCCCGAAGGCCUUGUGGGUGUUGCCGCUGCCAGCGACGGAGCGCCCGCCACCACUAGCGAUGCACCCGUGUAUACUAUCCUCAACCUCCCUCCAGGCGAGGAGGAAAGGCGAAGACAAGUUGCGAUCAAGCUCCUAAACGAAAACAACAUCGAUCCGACGACACUGUCUGCCGAACAAUUCAGUAUCUUCGCCAACCAAUCGCCGGAAUUGCAACAGGACUCCCUGGCCAUGUUGAUCAAGUACGGCGCGGCGCGUCUGCGCAUCGUUCAUCCCAGUCAGUACGAGUCGAACUCUGGCCAGUCUGCUUCCUCAGCAGGGGGCAGCACUCCUCAGUCAGCCAAGCCCAAGAAGCCGCGGAAGAAGAAGUCGGAUGUUGCUGGCGCGGGUGCAGAUCUGGCACAGGACGCGGAGGCCGCGCAAGGGAAGCAAAGUAGACGCAUAUGCGACAACUGCCGUGUCAAGAAGUACAAGGGCAAGUGUGACAAAGCACGUCCGUCUUGCUCGAUGUGCGUUGCGGAUGGCGUUGAAUGCGUCUACUCGCUUGCGAAGUCACGGCAGAGCAAUGCUGCCGAACCAGCGGAACCGGCGGAACCAGCAGAACCAGCGGAACCAGCGCAACCAGCGGCGGAGCUUCCCCCACCAGUGAGCGUGGAGGUGCCGAACGACGAGCCCGAGGAUCUCGGCUCGCCAGGAUUCCAUAACCAGCCCGUCGACCAGCCCGUCCAUGGACCGAUGGACGGACAAUCUGCGAAUGAACAAAUCCAAGACCAGUUCGGCGGACAUGUCCAGGGGACGGUCAACGCGCCAGCUUCAGAACAAGUGUCUCACCAAAUGGAGCCACCCACGGAUGCUUUCCACCAGACCCGUGGCUUCUACCAGCAUUCUUCUGGAUUGAGCUUUCCCAAUGUCAGCACAGUCACCACCGGGGAACUCACCCAGUCAGGUAUCCCAUUGUCUACCAUGGAGUCCACCCUGGUCGAGUACGCGGCGAACCCAGCCUCGGAGACUCCCGAGACUCCAUUGCACAACUUAAGCUACCCCCAACCCCCGGCUGCCCACGAAGCCACAGUGGCUUACGCGGAGAAAACCCCCACCUCAGCUGUUGAGCACGGCCGGUGUGGGAGCUCAGGAGGCCACAAGUCGAUGGCGGGACACAGCCUCCCGGCCGGCCAGGCUGCUCCCGAAAAUGGGACAGGCGGCAACACCAUGGACGCUCAGCACAGUUGGCAGUCAAUGCCUGGCGCCUCAGCGCAAACAGCGUCCGCGGGCAGAACGUCACCGAGACAGUCCAGGCCUAAGAAGCCCGCGCCGGUUUCUCAGACGUAUGAUAAUGUGCCGCAGCAGCAAGCCUCGAGCUGGCCGAAUGCGGGGCAGCCGGUUACUUUGACAAGCCAGCCUGUGCAGAACUCGCCUCGCCAGACUGUCGCGCAGCCGGCCCGGGCCAAAUCACGGCAGAGCAACCGGGGCCAGAGCCAUACCCCGGUGAAUAGCAUGUCUGCAACCCGGUCUGUUCAGCCCCAAGGAGGGGAAUCCCUCUCAGGCAACUCUGCGUACGGAUCCGCCGCCGUCACUCAGCCGGCGAACUCGACGAACUACAGCUACAACCAAUAUCAGAGUGCCAACACUCAAGGAGAUUCGUCUAGUGAUCGCGUCGCAUACCAGCCAUAUUCCAACAAUCAAACUACCCAAUCGGCGUCGUACGCCUCUUAUGACAACUACAAUGCCCGCAACGCUCCAUCAUCUACCCUCUCAACGCCCGGGUCUCACAAUGUCGCGCCGUCCUAUCCCUCGAACUCAGCCACAGCUCCCGGCACGGCGCAGUGGGGAGCUUCGAGCUCAACCUCCCAAGCAAGAAGUGCCCGCGUUUACAACGCCGCACAGUCGACGCCCGGCAGUAACCCGUCUUACAACAUGCCCUCCUCGACCACCCCGCAGUCGCAGUCGCUGCAAGGGUUCAAUGUGCGGCCUCAGCCACCGACUCAAGCCAAGAGCUCGUCGAGCAUCUACGGCCAGCAACAGCCACAGCAACCACAACAGCACCAGCAGCACCAGCAGAGGCAGCAGCAGAGCUACAACGGGUACAUGAACAAUAACAUGGCCCAGCAGCAACCACUGCCACAGCAGCAACAGCAGCAGCAGCAGCACGCCAGAGGCACCAGCCACCAGAACUGGUACAGCUUCGGCGCGGCAGCGAAUAGUAGCCCUUCCGUCACUGCGUACAGCUCGACCGCCGCCGCCGCUGCUGCUGCCGGCGGGACCGGGACGUCGCAUGGACAAGGAGGGCUCGGGUACGCGCGCAGCGGCCACGGCCACGGCCACGGCCACGGCCACGGCCACGGCCACCCGACCCAGCACCACAGGUCAAUGAACCUGUCAAGCCACACGUACAGCAGCAUGGACAGCGACCAGGCGCUGUACGACCUGCUUAGGAACAACCCGACCGGGUAGGAGCUGCUCCUGCUUCUUCUUCUUGGAGGUCGGGUUCGGGUAUCGUUCGGUUUUGCUUGGUACCGUUGUUUUUGGUUUUUCCUGGCUCUUCUUCUUUUCCU